AUGUCCUUUUCCAUUCCACCAGAGAUUAAGAACCAAAUCAUGACUCUUGCAACAUGCACACAAUCUGCCGCUGCUAUACAUUUGACAAUUUCACAGGUGGUACAUCCCUGCAUGGAAAAAUUGCUUUAUCAAAAUAUCAUUAUACAUGGACAAGAAGAUGCCAACCGAUUUUUACAAUGUCUUUACUGGCGCCUCAUGCCAGUUGAAUUCGCUCACAAAUCUGUUAAAGCAUUAUUCUUAGUUGGCUCAAUAGAGCCAUCAACUGUGAUCGAGAUUAUCUCCCUCUGCAGCGGUCUUAUAUCUCUUCAUCUCACACUCCGAAACAACCAAUUUGCUAUGGAUGUAUCGUCCUUGUGGCGUAUACUGGAUGUCCUCCCGCUGAAGUCAUUAGUCCUUACCCUCAAUAUGCAGUUUGAACCCUUCCUCAGCGUGGCUCAUACAUUCACACAUCUUAGCCAUUUCGAAGUAAACAGAAAUCACUUUCUGGGCUUGCCACGGGAAAUGCUGGACUCCAUUCAACCCUUGACUCACCUGUGUGCUGUACUCAGUCCGCACUUUGCUGAUCCAGAUGCGGUCGCACACCUCAUUUCCAAUGCACGCCUUAGGCUGAUUGCAUUUCGUGUGGAAGACAGUCACAUUGAUGUCGAGGAAUUCCUAGAGGAAAACAGCAUUUGCGAUCGUAGAAUUGUGCUCUUGCCUGCUGAACUCCCAGUGUAG